AUACAGUAGAGCCACGAAACGAAAACCCUCUCUUUGCUCUAGACGAAAUAAUUUCUCCUGGUUGCGUCAAUCUUUCAUCGUCUCAGAGACAAAAAUGGGUGGAGACUCGGACGCUGACGCUUCACGUCUGAAAGCAAUCUCAGAGACGAAGUUCAAGAAAUCAAACCCCAAAUCAGCUCUUAAAUACGCCAAGAAAGCGCACCGUUUGGCUCCAAAUCUGGAGGGUAUCUCUUCAAUGCUCACUGCGUUUAAGAUUCUCUGUGUUGCUUCAAAAUCUUCGACGAGUGAUACUAAAGACUGGUACAAGAUUCUUCAGGUAGAGCCCUUCUCUCAUAUUAACACAAUCAAGAAGCAGUACAAGAAACUUGCUUUGAUUCUGCAUCCUGAUAAGAACCCACAUUUAGGAUGUGAAGAAGCGUUUAAGUUAGUUGGGGAAGGUUUUAGGGUUUUGUCUGAUAAGAUUAGGAGAAAAGAAUAUGAUAUGAGGUUGAGGAUUAGGAUUCAGGAGGAUAACGUUAGUGGGUUGGUGGGGAAGGACACGUUUUGGACGGCGUGUUCGCGGUGUAGGUUGUUGCACCAGUUUGAGAGGAAGUAUUUGGGGCAUAAUUUGUUGUGUCCUAGCUGCAAGAAGAGUUUUGAGGCAGUGGAGGUUGAGGGAGGGGAUGUGGAGAAGGGAGAGGAGAGUGAUGGAGUUAGGAUUUUUAGGAGUGAGAGGCUGAGGAGGAAAAUGGGUGGUGUUGGUUCUGUGGCGAAAGUGGGGAGUGUGGGAGUGAAGAGGAAAAUGGACGGUGGGGAUGUGAAGGUGAACGAGAGUGAUGGUGGUGAUUGGUGUGGGGGGAGAUUGAGGAGGAGAAUGAGUACUGUUGGAGAGGUUUUGGCAAGGUCAAAGCCUAAGAGUGUGGAAGAUCGUGAGAUUUUGGAGAGUUUGAAGCCUAAGAAGGCAAAAGUUAGAGAGGAAACUAUGACAUUAGCGCAAAUGCAAUUGGAGGCUAAAAGAAGGGCCAAUCAAGAGAAGUUGAAGUUGAAAGAGAAGAAGGAAAAGGAGAAGGAGAAGAAAACAGAGAAAGAUGAACUUGAGAAAAAUAAGAAGACCAAGACCAAGGAGAGGGAAACAGAAACAGGGAGACACAGGGCUUCAGAGAAUCAGGAUUUAGAGAUUGAGAGCCAGCAAGAUUCACAGCUUGAGAAAUGUGCAUUUGCCAAGAAGAGUGUGGAUUUGGGAACUGAGAAACGAGAGGCUAGGAAGAAGAGUGGGAAAUCGGAAAUAGCUAAGAAAACUUUGAAGAACAACAGCUUGGCAAUUGAGAGGCGCAAGAGUUCAAAGAGUAAGGAUGUGGAGAUUAUGGCAGUGGAAGACUCAGAUUUUUAUGAUUUUGAUAAAGACAGAGUGGAGAGAAGUUUUAAGAAAGGGCAAGUAUGGGCUAUUUAUGAUGAUGACGAUGGAAUGCCUAGGCAUUAUGGUUUGAUCGACGAAGUUAUUUCUGUUCAUCCUUUUGAGGUGAAGAUUAGUUGGUUGGAUCUUCAAAAUAAUGGGGAUGAACAAUUGAUGUGUUGGGAAAGAAUGGGGUUUCAUGUAUCUUGUGGUAGGUUUAAGGUUUCUAGGAAGACUUCCAUUGAUUCUCUCAAUAUAUUUUCACAUGUAAUGGACUGUGAAAGGGCAGCUCGAGAAACUUACAGGAUUUAUCCAAAGAAAGGUUCAGUUUGGGCACUUUAUAAUGAGGUGGCUUUGGAAGUGGAAGGAGGAAACUUUUCAGCUAGAGAUAGGGGAUCCUAUGACAUAGUCAUAUUUUUAACAACUUACAGUGAAAUGCAUGGGUUAAGCAUGGCCUACCUUGAGAAAGUUAAUGGUUUCAAGACAAUAUUCAAGAGACGAGAAAUUGGGUGUCAUGCAAUUAGGUGGCUUGAAAAGUAUGAUGUUCGUUUAUUUUCACAUCAGAUUCCUGCGAGGAAGCUUACUGGCGAUGACAUUCCUGACCUUCCGAAAGACUGCUGGGAGCUUGACCCUGCUUCACUGCCUUCGGAUUUGCUCACAAUUGGUUGGUGAAGAUGAUUACUGGUUGGAAAAACCCAAUGUACUCCAUGUAUAGUUCUUCUCUAGUUUAGGAGUUCAAGGUGAAUAUAUAUUCAGGAUUAAGUCAAGUACCUAUCUGAGAGGUUUUGGAUGGAUGACUUAAUUUGUUUUCUGCAAAGAUGAGUUAUGCAGGAGGAAAUUUUUGAAACUCGUCACUUUGAAAUGCUUCUUGCAAAAAACCACAAAAUACUGGUUGAACUGAUCAAAUUGCCAUGAUUAAGACUUCUAUAUUAUAAUAUUUGCUGCAAAAUGAAAGUAGUUUUUUCUUUUUAA